AUGUUCUCCAACCAAUCUCACUUUAUUCAUAACACCGUUCAAUUCUUCAGAGAAUUCACAAAGUUUAUGGCUAUUCAAUGGGUGAGUAUCAUAAUUUCUAUUCAUAUUAUUUCAAAAACUGAUUUUUUUUCAGUUAGGACAAGUCAAUUUCACAAAAAAAGCAGAUUUCCAUGAUUUCUGUCAAAUUAUUAUAAAAAGGUAUCAACUAAAUUGCGAAACGUUCGAAUCAAUUGAUGAUACAACAACAUCAUUAUCAUUUAUGUCGAACAAAAAUCAUCUUAAAACAAUUCGCCAGAAACUGUAAGUUAUAUAUCAACAUAUGUAAAUAAUUUUGGAAUAUUAUUGCAGUUAGCUGAUAUUUCCGCUACUAUAAGAGAAAAACGACAAAAUUCAUAUUCAUCUUCCUCGAGUUGUUCGUUAAACAAUACUUCAAAACAUGAUGGUCACAAAUUGGUUGAACUGGAAUCACAAAUCAAUUCAAUUUCACUCAAAACACAUGAAGAAAUUGAACCAAAUAUGCUCGAACAUUAAGAAAGUAAGUUUGAAACGUACCACACCCAGGGUGAGGCAUAUGCACGGUGCCAAUAAAAAUUUAUGGAUCAAUUCAUUUGACGAAAAAAUGAAUUUCGCGACAUUUUUUGUCGCGAAAUUGCAAUUCGUGAAACGACACGAAAUAAACACAAAAAUAAAGGAGAAACAUUAAAGGGACACGUAAUCGCUGCGAGACCCAACACACGAAAAAGAAUUUCCUCUUUUAUUUUAUUAAUUUCGUGUCGUUUCGCGAAUUGCAAUUUCGCGACAAAAAAUGUCGCGAAAUUCAUUUUUUCUUCAGAUGAAUUGAUCCAUUACGGAAAUUCACCUUGUUUGAGAUUAUUUGAGAUUUUCUUGAAAAACAGCAAAUUUUUGCUUGUUUUUCCGUUAAAAAGUAGUAUUUUUCAGUCGAAAAGGUUGUUUUCACCUCGCCAAAAAAUUUCAAAACCCACUCCGACAAUUUUCAAAGUUAAUUUGCACGAAGCUGGGCGUGGUAUAGUUUGAAACAACACCAUCUGUUUUUUAUAACUAUUAUCAUUCAGAGAAUUGUUGCGGAAAAGGCGGAGAAAAAAAAGAAGAAGAAUUAGCGAAAUUUGAAGAAGAAAAUAUCUAUUUUAUAAAUGUGUUUUGUUUUUAAAUGAAUAGUUUUUUUACAAGUCUCGCAAAAAACCUACAUUUGCUGAGUUGGUCUUUCAUGUGUCAGAAAUUUCCAUAAAUUCAUUCAAAAUCAACGGGAUCUGUACAAUUAUUUACACCGUAAUCCGAAACAUGAUGACCAAAAUAGAAAAGAUGGUCGAAAAUGUCAUAAUAUCGAUCAGAAUUGCUGAAAAAUUCUCAAUUUCAAACUAUUCUCCCAAAUAGAAGUAAAGAAACCUGCACUGUAUAUCCUCAUUUUUGGGAAAACCUCUACAAAUUUGAUAAGUGUCAUCAGAUGUCAUAUUUUGGGGAAACCAGAUUUCAGUUCCAUGAUGAUAUGAGCCAUGAUUGUAGAAUGGAAUACAAGUGAUUGGACGAUGGACACUUUCAACACAAAUUGGAAUAUGAGCAACCUAAAGAGAGAGAGAAGGGAAUAUGAGAGAGUGCAGAGAAAAACAGCAGCAAAGUUACUCUAAUUAUUCAAAAAGUUAGGGUAACUUUGGAAGGUUACGAUAAACUGAAACCCGCCGGAUCUGAAAUUUUCCUCAAAAAUUCGUUUUUCAUUGAAAAAUCGAGGUUUUAUGGAAAAUUUCCAGAUUUCGCACAGGAGAAACCACAAGCUUCCUCGAAUUGAUGAAUGACUUCAGAUUUUCAGCUGUGAAUAUUUUCGUGGUCAAAAAACCACAGUCGGCAAGAUAAAAACAAAAGAGGAAAAAAGAAUUGACUUUUUCCUUAUUAAAUAAUAAUAAUUUCACGUGAACAUUUGACGUGGUUUGUGACACGAAAAUAUUAUAAAAUCCUCAAGACCUCACAUUAUUACAGUUCAUCAUUCAAAGAAGAUGUGCCGAAUCUUGAUUUUAAUUAUAAAGAAUUGGAAAAUUAUAUGGAUGUAAUCUUUCAAUCCGGGAAAUGCUGGUUAGUUUGAGAAAAAUAAUGAUAAUUCUACAAAUGAAUUGAUUUUUAAGUGGAAAAUGGAAUAUGGCUGAAAAUGAAACAAUCAUAUUCGAAAAACUCGGAUUCUAGGAAGAUGAAUGUUCUCCACAGCAUCUCACUUUAUUUAAAAGACCGUUCAAUUCUUCAGAGAAUUUACAAAGUUGAUGGCUAUUUAAUGGGUGAGUAUCAUAAUUUCUAUUCAUAUUAUUUCAAAAAACUGAUUUUUUUCAGUUAGGACAACAAGUCGCUUUCACAACAAAUGCCAUGACUGCUGUCAAAUUAUUGUAA